AUGUCCAAGACUCUCCUGGCCGCCCUCGCUGGCGCUGCCACCGUUGCCGCCCACGGCCAUGUGACCAACAUCGUCAUCAACGGCGUGUCCUCGGAGGGCUACAACCCAUUCUCCUUCCCCUACAUGCAGAACCCGCCCACCGUCGUCGGCUGGACCACGACGCAGACCGACAACGGCUUCGUGGCCCCGGACGCCUUCGGCACCAACGACAUCGCCUGCCACCGCGGCGGCAAGAACGCCGGCGGCCACGCCGUGGUCGCCGCCGGCGACAGCGUCUCCCUGCAGUGGGACACCUGGCCCGAGUCGCACCACGGGCCCGUGCUCGACUACCUCGCCGACUGCGGCGCCGCGGGCUGCGAGAAGGCCGACGUCGCCUCGCUCGAGUUCUUCAAGAUCGCCGAGGUCGGGCUCGUCGACGGCGCCAAGGCGCCCGGCCGCUGGGGCGACGACGUCCUCAUCGCCAACAACAACAGCUGGAUGGUCCAGAUCCCCGCCGGCAUCGCGCCGGGCAACUACGUCCUGCGCCACGAGAUCAUCGCCCUGCACAGCGCCGGCCAGGCCAACGGCGCCCAGAACUACCCCCAGUGCGUCAACCUGCAGGUCACCGGCGGCGGCUCCGACAGGCCCGCCGGCGUCAAGGCCACGCAGCUCUACAAGGCCUCCGACGCGGGCAUCAAGUUCGACAUCUACAAGGACAACCUCCAGUACCCCAUCCCCGGCCCGGCCCUGUACUCGGGCGCCAAGGCCAUCUCCCAGGGCACCUCGGCCAUCACGGCCAGCACGACAGCCCUGACCGGCUCGGCCACUGCUGCCCCCGGUAAUGGGAACGGAAACGGGAAUGGCGGCGGUGCGACCACCUCCCCUGCCGCUCCGGCCAAGCCUACCAGCGGCAACGGCAAUGGCAACGGAAACGGCGGCCAGGGUCCCCGGCCGACUGCCUCUGCUCCGGCGUCUAGCGUCGCUCCCCAGCCUGUGCCUACCAACGGCUGUGGCAGCUUCGCCCGUCGUCACCCCCGUGACAUGCUUGCUCAGUAA